CUUGGUCGCAAAAAGUCUUGGAACCUGUCGAAUUUGGCAGCCAGCAAAUUGUGUGUGGUUUUUGGUGCAUAAUUUUUGUCACGUUUAUGGGUAGGUAGUUCCCCCCGGGAACUGGCACUCCAACAGCAUCCGGUUGAAAUCAAGACGACGCGUGGGGCGAUUCUAACUGACCUGUCGGUACGGCGAGUGAUUGCGUAAAAGGUCCAAAAACGACAAUUGGAAUCGUGUGCCUAGCAGCAGCAGGUUUCGUUUCUUGUGAAACGCGAUAUAGUGAAAGGAAAAAAGGUUGGAAGUACGCCACCAAUACCGUGUCGUGAAAUUGUACAAAUUUGGUUGAAUUUUUGUCAUUCGAGGGCAAGUAAUUUUGGGGGAGAUUUUUUGGCAACCGAUCCUUGCGUGGGCAGAUUUUUUGUUGCGUAAACGAUUGUCCACAUCCGGGUAUCCGUGGCGCCUGGCCGUGUGCUCUUGCGAAAGUUCGUGUUUCCAUCGUUUCCAUACGCGCUUUCACUCAUACCAGUGAAUCGGAACUCCCACCUCAUAAGCUCAUGGUCCGUGGACGAAUAUAGCUUCGAAGCAACAUCGCGUAAAUCGGUGGUUUCUGGUGUAAUAAAUUCCCUGUGUGACCCAGGUAUCGAGCGAGGGUCUCAUUUUAUCGGUGAGGUAAGGAAUUCAAAAAAUUCCACAGCCCCGAAAAAAGGAAGAAGAUACCGCCAUGAAGUCGGAAAGUCGCCGUCGAAGCAACAAAACCUCGACGACGGCGAUACCAACGGUGGUCGAUGAUAAUUCCGUUUCAUCGUCCGUUGGUGCCAGUAGUGGUAACAGUAACAGUGCCGCCGACGAUUCCAAUCCCAUCAACACGCUGCUGAGCGGCAAUAAUACGACAUCAUCAACGUCGUCGUCGUCGUCGUCUCUACUAUUUUCGACAACCACAGCCGCCGCUACGACGUCAUCGACGAUUGGCGGAAGCGUAGGAGGAGCGGCACCGUCACUUGUUGUAGUGCCGGAAGGUGCGGCCGGUGGCAUUCUGGCCACCGCCACAGCGUUCGGCGUCCUCCAGCCGGCACAUCAAGCAAGCAGUGUUAUACGCACGAGACCGUUUGCUUCCUUCGAUGGUAUCCACAGUGGUGUUCCGACCAAGACGACGGCCACCCUCACACCGACAACCCUCAAGAAUAUCGAACAAACCUUUAUGGAACUGACGAGCGAUACGUCGUGUAACAUUCCCUGUCAAGCCGGUUUUGUCCCGCCACCGUUCAACUUCGAGGACCACAGCCAGGAUCCGGAAGCGAGCCGCGAGUCGAUGAGCUCGGCGUCCAACAGUUCCUGGCAGGUGACACCCCCACCCAUCAUCUCGGAGGACCUGGAUUCCAAAUCGUCAACCACCUCCCAGGAGCGCUGCGAUAGCCUCGGGUCUACCCAGUCCACUCACUUCGCAAGCAGCAGACCUAUUAGCGUUGGAUUGGCGCUGACCUCAACUGCCGCCAUGGUCCCCCAGACCCCUCCGAACGCCCCCACCACCAAGACCAAAACAUCUCGCCGGAACAUGGGCGGUCGUCGUCCAGCCCACGCCAGCAACCUUAGCCCCGAAGAGGAGGAAAAGCGUCGGGUGCGCCGGGAACGGAACAAAAUGGCCGCGGCCCGGUGUCGCCGGCGACGCGAAGACCACACCAACGAGCUAGUGGACGAAACCGACCAGCUGGAACGGAAGAAACAAUCGCUGCAGGACGAGAUCAAGCAGCUGCAGCAGGAGAAGGAAGAUUUGGAAUUUCUGCUCGAUUCGCACCGGGAACACUGCCGCUUCCAGGGCCGUCGGAGUCCCGCGGAACGGAAACCAGCGGAGGUGGCUCACCAGCAACAGCAGCACCAGCAGUUGCAGCAGCUAGUGCUGCCAAUUACCAGUGUCGUCGUUAAGCAGGAACCGACGGAGGAUGCCGACCAACCACCACGCAAAAAAUUGAUCCUCUCCAAUGUGCUGGGCGACAGUCUGGACACGCCCACCCCGAUCAGUCUGGCCCCGGUGCUGACCAGCGUUAAUCUUCCCCGUGGCCUGAUGAGCGACAGUGGCAGCUUGAAUACGCCCCUCGCAGCAACGAGCAGCAACACCCUUAUCGGCGGAGCAGGAAUCGGAUCCCGGCUUAAUCGACCGGACAGCCUGAACGUGAAACCGUUGGCCCAGUUCCCGCUGAUCAAUGUGCGCAACAUCCAGCAGGAAACCGGCGUCAACAUCCAGACGCCCUCGAAUGGGUUCUUCAACUUCGAUUCGCUGAUGGACGGCGGAACCGGACUGACGCCGAUUGCCGCCCCCAUCUCGCUGCCCUCCAACCGUGGACCGCUGGAUCUGAUCACGCCCACCAGCACCGAGCCAUCCAAGCUGUGCAGUCUGUAAGAAAGAGAGAGAAAGGAGACCAAGGAGGAGGCGUCAGUGUUACCAAAUCAAGCAAUUAUUAGAUUUUGUUUUUUUGUAUUACAUGAAUGACAUUGAUUUUUUUCUGUUCUUGAUCGAAUGUUGUCUGGAUAAGUGUAUGUGUUAAGUCAAAUGAUGGCAUUGUGAUGCAAUAUUAUAAAGUUACUAAAUUUUACGAAACUAUUGAUAAAGACACAAACAAAACUGUAUGUUUGAGGAAUGCCAUUUCUAGAAGUAGAUGUAACGCAAGGUUUUAUUUGUGUUUUCUUUAUUAUUUGCAAAAAGUUAUAUUUUGAUAAGAAGAUUUCAUUAACUUGAAACAUAAUAUUUAUUGAUCGAUUGUUAAAAUUGAACGAAUAAAGGUGUAUAUUUUAUUUUCUAGAAAAUAAUGAUUUCUUUCUUCAAGAUGUGCCUUUUCUUAAGAAUGUUUUUCGACCAGUCCUUUAUAUGUAAAUCGGGAACUCAAAAUCCUUCAAUUUCUUCAUGCUUUUUAUAUAUUUUAAAAUGAACAAAACAAUAGCCAACAUCUGCAGUAUCAAUAACCAAACUUUCAACAGAAAUACCAACAAGAAAUUAAAGCUUAGUAUACCUUGUUUCGAUUUAGUUCAAGUAUUAUAUUUUACUACUACUAACUACUACGACGAACAAUUUAGUGAGGAUAACUAUAUCUAGUUAAAGAAAAAAUAAUACGACGCUCAAAUUAAAGAGAAAAGUUCUCAAAAACGCGCCUCUCCCAAAAUGAGAUACAUUGAUAUCCAUCCAACGAAAUCAAAUUAGGAGAAAAGGAAAACUUUGUAACGGAGAAAACGAGAGGAAACAACGCAGAGCGAAACAAAAACGAUCGAAUACUAUUACUAGCAGGCAGAUAGUAAGAACAAGGGUUUUAUAAAUCGGAAACGGAGAUCUAUUUACAAAAUAAUACAUAUACCUACACUAUAUUUUACCGAACACGCGUGGAGAACGUCGAGCCCAAAAAGUACUUUAGAAGUGUUUGGAAUGGCGGUGAAACGAGAGAAAAAAGAUGGAAGCAAAACGAAACAAAAAAAAAUCAAACUUCUUUAUUUAUGUAAAAUAAAAUGCAAAAGCCAUUUAUAGAGAGAGCAAAGCCAAGCUACUGCUGCAGAUGGUUCAAUUGCAAUCGAAAUGCUUGCUGAGAGAUACAAAAGAAGAAAAAAAAAUAAUCCAAGCGAAAGCCAUAUUAUCUACCUAUCAACUACAAAACAAUUGAUACCAAAUAGAUACAAAAAUUCAUACACUAA